CGUACAGCUGCAGGUCUUGGAGCUGUUCUGAAGCCGCCAUCCGCCUUGCAGCUGUCUAUUCUGUAUGCGACUGUUUGCAACAAACAAGUGAUCGAUUUAUUCCCAGUGUCCAUGUCAUGGAUUAUCUUCAUCUUUGAAGCUUCGCGUAGCAAUCUCUUUACCGAUAACGCCUGUUGUCAGUACCACCAGGUUCGAUAUUGAGCAUUCACAGCCGCAAUGAGAAUAAGGCAGUAUCCAGCCUUUGCCUUUGCUGGCUUGCUCAUAAUUUCCGCAUACCUGGGUCUCGCUCCGCAGACCAUCCCUUCCUACAAACAAUCAGAUAAAGUCUUACAUUUUGUAACAUUCAUACUCCUUACAUUGUCUUUCUACUGGAUAAUCGAAACAUCCCGACGGCGUGUGCUACAUCUUACUCUCUUCGUGUGUCCUGUCACACUUGGUAUUGGGUCCGAAAUUGCCCAAGGAUUGUUGCCAAAUGGCCGUGAAUUCGACCCCUAUGACAUCCUUGCAAACCUUUUAGGUUGUGCCACGGCAAUUGCCGCAUGUACAUGGUAUCACAAACGAAUGCUUGAAAGAAAACGACAAGCUAGACAAUACAGUUUAGUCUCUGGAGAAGCCGACGUAGAACUGGGAGAGAAUAUCGGAGAGCAAGAGUCUGGGGUUACCGGAACACACUCUCAGACUCUUGAGGAAGAAGUGGAUAAUUGGGAUGAGAACAACUGGGAGGACGACGAACCGACUGCCACCGAGGACAGUGGCGACGUGUCCAAGGCUACGGGUGAGGAUGUAGACAGAGCUAGCGCGAAGGAGCCUAAGAAACGAAGUGAUUGAAUGGCAUCACGGGAUAUGACGGAACGGAACGAUAAAUUGUGAUAUGUAUAUAUCCACUAAUACAUAGCUUGCAUUUUCUUCGCAUUGUGUUGAGGACUCAGAGCAGUAGGUGCAUGAUCCUCAUGACUAUAUUCUAUUCAGUCAUGAUUCAUGCAUGAAUACACGACUGUGCUCGUGGUAAUUUCGUGC